AUGGUUUCACUAAGCUUACUUGAAACUUCCAUGGCCAUCAUUUGCUUCCUCAUCCUUCAUUACUUGCUCGUCAAGACACCUCAUGGCCAGUUCCCUAGAAACUGGCCGGUUCUUGGGAUGCUUCCUGGUCUGCUCCUGUCACUCCAACGUCUUUACGACUACAGCGUUGAGAUUCUCGAACUCUCUGGCUUGACGUUUCCAUUCAAGGGACCGCUCUUCUUUGGAAUGGACAUGUUAGUCACGGUUGAUCCAGCUAACAUUCAUCAUAUAAUGAGCACAAACUUCUCAAAUUACAUCAAAGGAUCUGAUUUUAAAGAUGUUUUUGAUGUGUUUGGAGAUGGGAUAAUCACUACGGACUCGGAGUUAUGGAAGAACCUGAGAAAGUCUUAUCAAGCCAUGCUCCAUCAUCAAGAGUUUCAAAAGUUUUCAAUGAGUACUAUGACAAGUAAACUCAAGGACGGGCUUGUUCCUCUUCUUGAUCAUUUUGCUAAGGAAGGAACGAGUGUGGACUUGCAAGAGGUGUUCGGGAGGUUAACUUUUGAUACAAUCUUAAUCCUUAUAACCGGUUCUGACCCUAGAUCUCUCUCCAUUGAAAUGCAUGAGGAUGAGUUAGCUAAAGCUCUAGAUGAUGUUGGAGAAGGGGUUUUAUAUAGGCAUGUUAAGCCAAGAUUCUUGUGGAAGCUGCAAAACUGGAUGGGUUUGGGACAAGAGAAGACGAUGAAUCAAGCUAAUGUAACUUUUGACUGUGUAUGCUCCACAUACAUAUCAUCCAAGCGAGAAGAGAUUCUAAGUACAACCAAUGGAGAAGGUGAGGAUCUUUUAACUUCCUUCAUGAAGCUAGAUACAACCAAGUACAAGCUCUUGAAUCCAAAUGAUGAUAAGUUUCUUAGAGACACUAUCUUAGCUUUCAUUCUAGCGGGAAGAGAUACAACCGCCUCCGCUCUCUCUUGGUUCUUUUGGCUUCUCUCUGAAAACCCACAUGUAGUAGCCAAGAUUCGUCAAGAAAUCAUCGACAAUGGUCUAACAAGAACAGGGAAUGGCCAAGAGAGUCUGGACAAGUUGGUGUAUUUACAAGGUGCCUUGUUUGAAGCAAUGAGACUCUAUCCACCAGUUUCCUUUGGGCGCAAGUCUUCUAUUGAAUCAGAUGUGCUUCCAAGUGGUCACAAAGUCGAUGCAAACUCUAAAAUUAUUAUAUGUCUCUAUGCAUUAGGGAGGAUGAAAGCAGUUUGGGGAGAAGAUGCCUUGCAGUUCAAGCCAGAGAGAUGGAUUACUGAGAAUGGGGGCCUAAAACAUGAGCCUUCUUUUAAGUUCUUAGCGUUUAACUCCGGUCCAAGAACUUGUCUAGGUAAGCAUUUAGCAAUUACUCAAAUGAAGACAGUGGCCGUGGAGAUAUUACAAAACUAUGAUGUUAAGGUUAUUAAAGAUCAGAAGAUUGAACCAGUUCUUGGUUUUAUAUUGUCAAUGAAGCAUGGACUUAGAGUCACAGUUGCUAAGAGAUGUUCUACUUGA